AGAUAUGGCAAAAUAUGAAGGUCGCAACUGACUUUUCGUGGUGGUGUGAAACACUGCACUCAUCCUUAAUCUUCAGAAUCGAAGACAAUGCCUUAAUCUCGUUUACAGCUCAUUGACAGCAAACUGUCAGCUAAUUGACAGCCAGAUAUCUAAUUGUAAAGCUGUGUCCAUUUUAAACACAAGCAUUUGACACUGCGGGGUUGUUCUCCCCUACAGUCCAGACACAAAGAUUGUUAAGUCCAGCAUAGACUAUGGAACCCUCAACACCGUGGACUAAAAAAUCGAGGUUGCCUAGACCCAAGGACAGGCUUUGGAUGGCUACUCUCAUGGUCACUUUAUGUUCCCUAUGGGGUGUGAGAGCAUCCAUUGAACAUUUAAACUAUUUCAACAUCAGCUACAUCUUCAACAGGGCCGCCCCCAUGAUCGAGUUUAAUGUCACUACAAGUGAAGUCCAUGGUCUACGCAUUGUACAUUUUACCUGCGUAACGAAAUUGAAAUUCAAGCAGCCAAUAGAAAUGAGCAUCUAUUCGUGGCCCACAAUCAGUAACGGAUUGCCUUCAUACAUGGCUGGAUUUGAAAGGGUCCCCAAAAAGAAGAAACCCAUCAGGUGGACCAUGGCUAAAAACAUUGCAUUGAAUGGAGACCUGCACAAAAUUUGUGUUGAUAUCACAGAACCCUUCUACAGACAGUUCGGACAGUACAGGUGCAAAGCCAAGGGCAUCAACAAUGACAACAUCAUAGUGGAGUUUGUCAGUACACCAUUCUCAUUAUCGGAACAGUGGUUCUUGUCUAGGUUUCCAUAACAACGGCUGCUUUGUGCAUAGUCUCCUAAGCAACGGAUGCUUCUUGAGUGCUGUUUGGAGCUUAUUCUCCCAAACAACUGUUGUCAACGGCAGGUGCUUCUGGGGUGCUGGAACCAAAAGAAGAGGGAUCUCCGGAUAUUUCUAAACUUUUCCCUGUGCAAAUAUUCCAUUAAAAUGAAUACGACCUGUAUUGAAAUUUGAUUCGAAUAAAAUUUAGCUUUCGAAAAAUUUCAAAUGUAAA